CCACAACCAGCUAGACCUAUUAACAAACCUAAUACGAAUGCACCAAUUAUGCCACCACCUGUUCGUUUAAAUAGCCCUGCUAGUAGCGUUUCUAGUCUGCGCGGUGGUCCAUCGAAUAGCUCACUUAGUAGAAUAUCAGGGAGAAGCAGAUCUGGUAGUCUUAAUAGUACAGUUAGUACAUCAAGUAGUAAAAACAUUGCCCCGGUUUUUCGUUUGACACAGCCUAGACCAGCUGAUAGAAUUCGCUAUCUGGCACUUUACGAUAGAUUACUCGAUAAACAAAACAAAGUUAUUAAAUCAGAUGCUUUAGACAUCAGGAUUGUGAGGAACGUAUGGAAUGCAUCUAAGUUAGACGAUGAUUUCUUAGAAAAGUUAUUAUCAACAACAGGUAGUCAAAUUGAUGGAAACACCUUUAGUAGAUCAUUAGCAACUAUAGAUUCCGAAUUGAGUCGACGCAAGCAAUUAAAAUAAGCAACCGUAAUCUUCAUACCAGCUCUUCUUAAUAGAGACAUCAAGGUACUUCUCAAUAUCAUUUUGUAAUUUUACUAGCAUUGCAUCGGAGUAUCCUUUCUUACUCAGAAGUAGGAUUUCAGUUGCGUAUAAUAUUACAGUUAUUCUCGCCAAUGGUUUCUCUGGACGUAAUUCAUUUCGCGUUUGAUCGAGUGAUCGUUGAUUUUCAAAAUACCAUUUUAAUGUUUUUAUAUGUCUCGGUUGGAGGUACGUUAAGGUAACAUUAUCCUUUGUGAGACUACGUAUAACUCGAUUGUAUAUUACUUUCCCAGAAUUUGAUAUAAUUUUAUCGUUGUUUGGUAUCUCUUUCAAUGCAGAACUACUUUUAUCAUAAUCUUUAUCAACUAGGAACUUAUCAAAGUUAGUUUCAGUGCUCUGACUAGACAGUUUGUCGAACAUCUGAUAACUCGCAUAGACGUCAUUAGCGGCAUAUUCGAUUUGUUUCCAGUUCAGUUUGUUCUCCCAAUCACCGACCCUUUCGGUUCCUUUAUCUAGACGUUCUUGUAAUAAAAACUCAGUCAAUUUGUCUAGUGAAAUUAGUACUCGAUUACUACCCAAUUCAGCUGAAUGGAUGGAUUUCGCGAGAUAUGUCAACUCUAGUAAAAUUGACACCUAUCUUGUAUCUUUGUUUGUCUGUCAGAAGCUUGAUUAGCUCAUUGGGUAUCUCAGACAUGUGGUGUAAAUGUAAGACUAAAAUGAGUUUAUCAUCGCAUAAUUGUACGAUAGCUGUUCUACGUUGCUUCGCAGACUUUCUAAAAUCAACUUUCCACUCCAUAUCAAAACCGACGUGACCCCUUAAUGCUUGUAUGAGUUCAUUUGCCUCUUGAACAGAUUGCGUGUAUGCCAAAGCGGGUGAUCUCAUGCCAUUUGUUGUAUAACUUGAUGGAUGUUUAUAAGAAUAUAACGGUAGCAUGGUGUUACUCUGUUUGGUUGCUACUGAGGGUGUGUACAGCGUCCUCUUUCGAUAAUUAGGUUGAGAUUGCGCUGAUUUCUUUGCUGUGAGAUCU